AUGAACGCCAGUGAAAAUGAGGUGGAUGAGCUCAAGAUAGAGAGUGCAGAUAUGAUGACCAGAUUGAAAAUCAGUGAAAACGAGGUGGAGGAGCUCAAGAGACAGAAUGCAGACCAACCAAAGGUGGCGUUCUCACUUGGUCUCACUGACAGCGGACUAAUUGGACCCUUCAAUACUGCCAUCACACUUAAAUUCAGUAAAGUCAUCACCAACUUUGGUCAGGUCUACAGUCCAACUACAGGUCUCUUCACAGCCCCAGUCAGAGGAGCCUACUACUUCUCAUUCACUACACUGGAUUACCGGAUUCAGUGUUGA